AUGUCCGAAAGGACUCGUGUGAAACGCUUGGUGGUGUGUGUCGAUGCGGAAGAAGUUUCUGCAGAUGGGACAUUAGGGUACGGAAACACCAGUAACAUCUUCAGACUCAAGAGUAUCAUUCCUACUGCCAUCUGUUAUGAUGCACAAGGUCGGGAGGUCGAACAAAUUGUUCGCUACUGCCGAGCGGUUCAGGAUGGGCCAAGUCUGGUUGAGAAGCUGAAAGGCCGGUCCUCAUCACCCUACUAUGAGCAACAGAUCAAAGAUAUAGUGAAAGAGGCAUGUGAGACCCUAGAAGAGCCGACAGAUGAACUGUUCCUCUAUGGCUAUGGCCGCGGAGCAUUUAUCGUGCGUGCCGUCGCCGGAAUCCUUGGGACGAUGCGAUUGCCCAAGAGGACAUCUCUCCGACAUUUCGACACACUCUACAAAAGUACUUUGGACGUAUUCAGGGCGCGACACGAAGACGACAACAGAAAUGGACCCAGAAUUAUCGAGUUCCUCACCUCUCACACCACUCUUCCUCCGCAAAUCCAAUUUGUUGGUGCAUUUGACACCGUGAAGUAUACGGCCGAGGGAAGCAUGCAUGAUUUAUCACUGGUAGGGUCUAUUCGAAACAUGAGGCACGCAUUGGCACUCAAUGAAACACGAGCGCAACUGAAUCCCGAGAUUAUCCAAGUUCCCGCCUCGCAAGAAAUGCAAGGACGAAGUCUUGUCCAAGCGUGGUUCAUGGGGUCUCAUCAAGACAUUGGGGGCGGUGCACGUCACGACGGCUUGUCUUUGUACCCGCUACAGUGGAUGAUCGUGGAAAGUGUGAGAGCUGGACUCAUCAUACAAUCCGGAGGUGAGGAGAAAAAGAAGACGGAGGCGCCCCUCGCUUUAGCUUUCCCUCAGUAUGCGGGUGAUAUCCCUAAACUUGAUGGGGAUGAGAAAAUUGAGUGGCGAAUCCGUUUCACAAACGGGAUUCAGAUCAGUCUUUACGAUCUUCAGAGCCUCCAUGGAGGCUCUUCUGAUGAAGAUCAAACGCACACCGUCCACAUCAACAGCUCCAAUAUGAUAUACAAUAGCCAGCGCAAGGUUUUUGGAGCCAAGGAAUUGAUCGGUUGGUGCGACACGGCGAGCUAUGGUACCAUUAUUCAUCCUUCGGUGUUUUGCUUGCUCGAUAGAUAUCCAAGGUUUUAUGAGCAGUCUCGAUUCAAGUCGAUGAAGAAGAACCUAGCCGAUUACCGCGAUCGUUGUUUGCAAGGCGAGGAAGGGCGCCUGCCUCCUUGGCUGGAAGGCUUGCAAUUGCAAGAAAGUGGCGUGAAAGCAUUCAGAAUCCUUGUCUGCGGCAAGACUGGUGUUGGGAAGUCAACUUUGAUCAACAAGAUUUUCGGUGUGGAGAUGGUAAUAUCUUCCCAAAUGAUGGCCUCCACCAAGAGAUUUGCCGCUGAUGAUGCAGUUCAGACCGAGGAGUCCAACUCCUACAAACAAGGGGAUCACAACAUCAACCAAGCCUUUGAAUCACCCAAUCAUCCCGGUUUAAUGAUUCAUGAUUCUCGAGGUUGGCAGGCCGGAAGCGAUAAAGAACUCGAAUUGAUCGCGAAAUUUCUUCGCCAUCGAGCAUUUCAGCGCGAUCCGGCCGAAGCCCUUCAUGUUAUUUGGUUUUGCGUGGAUUCCGAUGUCAGUCGCAUCGAAGAUGCGGACAAGAGGACAUUUGAAACAAUUGCGCAAUUCUCCCACAACGUUCCGGUUUUCGUCGUUGGUACUAAAAAGGAUAAGCUGAUUGCCUACCGGAAGAUCAAGCUACUGGAGAAGUACAUGGAACAGACCAACAACUAUCAAGAGUCAAGUCGAUUGGCGAACGAGGAGGCAAGCAAACUCGCAGAUGAGCAAUUCAUGGCACUCCGCGAUGAGUUGUCACAAAUCAAGCACUACAAGGCAGACGGAUACUGUUGCCUUUCCAAAGAUGAUGACCAAGGAGUCAGAAAGCUCUUGACCCAAACCUUGGAACUAAUAACCGAUGACCGAGUUCGUCUCUUCUGCGUGGCCGCGCAAGUCGUUGACGUUGAGCAAAAAAUUGACUCGGCAAUUACAGAAUGUAUGCGGCUAGGUAUGCACGCGGUUCGAACUGCAAUGGUCCCUCUUCCACUUUCCAGCGCCGUUGGGACACCCACUGUUGCUAGGAUUCUUUGCGAACAUAUUCUUCAAUGCUUCGGAUUUCCCAAGGCCGUGCCAGAUGCCGUCGAAGACAUCAUGACGAGAAUUGUGCUAGGCCACCUUAAGAGUUUCAUGACGGUGACUAUGGUAGAGUUCGUUGGAGUCGGCGUGGUGACUGCCGGUGUGGUGGUGGGCACGAUGGGCGCUGGGGGUGCUCUCGCUCUCGCCCUGUGUAUCCUCGCCGCCCCUCCCACGGCAAGGAUGUUGUUUAAAUGCGCCUGUGAUAUGAUUCUCAUCCUCGAGCGAGCUUUUCGGUACCAGGGCAAGUUUGUUUCGGUGAAGCAAAUUGAGGACGCCGCACUUUACUAUACCACGGCAAUGACCAAAACCUUUGCGGGAAAGGAAUUGUUACUGCAAAAGCAUGUCCACAAUGAGGUUGAUCGACUUAUUCCUCUGACCAAAUUGUCUGCCGGAGUGAGAUUUAGCAGACUGAGACCUGGGUUGGAAGAAAUCAUUUACAAGAAUCGAUUUGGAAAGGAGGCCCUGGGGAAACAACAAGAACAAGACUCGUCGUCCAUGGUUCCAGAAAUCGGCGGAAAAGAGGUUUUCGAGUUGGACGCCGCCGCCGCAACCGCCGUGGAACUUGAUAGCCAGAAAAGUCAAAUUGCAGAACUGCCAGCCGAGGUGCAUGUACCAGCAGUCGCCGCCAAAGACUCUCCCAAGCUCCGAUCUAACACCAGCAACACGACAACCACCGACGAUCUGUUGAGCUGGGAUGAGAGAACGAGCAUAACGCAGACACUGAGUGAUAUGGAACUGAAAAGCGAGCUUUCGCCUGUGUCGCCUUUGUCGUCACAGGCAAACCAGACCACGGUAGAGAGGGUGAAGAGCGAGAAUCUCUUGGCCCGAGGAACCCGCAUGUUUUCGUCGAAAUUCAGGUUGAAGAAGUCCAAGACACAGGUUUGA